GGCCCCGCCCCGCGCAGGCGCUCUGGGCCCGGCCCCGCCCCGCUCGGCCCCGCCCCGCCCGGGGGAGGCAGCGCUGUCAUGGCGGAGAAGGGGCAGAAGAGCGUGAAGAUCGCGCCGGGGGCCGUGGUGUGCGUGGAGAGCGACAUCCGCGGGGAUGUGACCAUCGGACCCAGGACCGUGAUCCACCCCAAAGCCCGGAUCAUCGCCGAAGCGGGGCCGAUCAUCAUCGGGGAAGGCAACCUGAUCGAAGAGCAGGCGCUCAUCAUAAAUGGGUAUCCAGAAAAUAUUACGCCAGAAACUGAAGAGGUGGAGCCCAAACCAAUGGUUAUUGGCACCAACAAUGUUUUUGAAGUUGGGUGUUAUUCCCAAGCAAUGAAGGUGGGAGAUAACAACGUCAUCGAAUCCAAAGCGUUUGUCGGCAGGAACGUGAUCCUGACGAGCGGCUGCAUCAUUGGGGCCUGCUGUAACAUCAACACCUACGAGGUGAUCCCCGAAAACACCGUCAUCUACGGGGCCGACUGCCUCCGCCGCGUCCAGACUGAGCGGCCGCAGCCCCAGACGCUGCAGCUGGAUUUUCUGAUGAAGAUCUUGCCGAACUACCAUCACCUGAAGAAGACCACAAAAGCCACAUCCACUCCUGUGAAGAGCUGAGCGCCUUCUGCUGCCGGUGGCUGCCGGGGUCGGUUCGUCCGGGUCCUGCGAAGCACUACACAGCCCCGAGAAGCAGCCGGUUUCCACCUCCCGCAUUCCAUCUUUAAAAAAAUUCUUGCUUAUUUGUGUUAUUUAUAUUCCGCCGAGCAUCUCGGACGGGCCUUGGAGCUGUGGGCUCUCUCAUGCGCUAAUUCUGUCGUACGUGCUUUGUUUUGGGAAUAAAAUGACGCCUGUCAUACA